AUGGAAGAUAUAUAUCGUAAACUGCCUUGCAGAGAAGAACAGCUGCAUAAUCUACUAGAUUUUUUAGGCGACAGUGAUGAACCUUUACCGGCAAGUUUGUUUAUUAGCGGAAGUAUGGCCACGGGAAAAAGUUUAUGUUUAACAACAGUCUUACAAUAUUUAAACUACAAAUAUGUUUUUAUCGACUGUAUCGAGUGCUAUUCACCGAAAAUUAUGUACGAAGCCAUUCUUACGGGACUCAUUGACGAUCAGAUCGAUGUAAAAUGCGAUUCUUUGUGGGAAUUAGUAAAUAAUCUCAACAAAAUCGGCAAUCAACUAAACUCUUACGAACCUGUUGUUCUCGUAUUCGAUCGAGCGGAGAGACUCCGAAACAUGGAUCAAAACAUAAUGUCUUCAUUUCUACGUUUACGCGAAUUCUGUAACCUCAACAUUUGUACUAUUUUUAUAACGCAUCUCAUUUACGACAAUUUUUACUUCAAAGUGGGCGCGCGGGAGCCGAUAAAACUUUAUUUCCCGAACUACAACAAAGAGGAACUGUUCAAAAUAAUUUUUCUUCAUCAGAAGUCGUUCGUCCGUCAUUUAACGAAUAAUCAUGACGUUAAUAGUGAUAUUAGAGAUGAAUUAGAGAGACCGGAGCUCUUCGCAAACUUUCUUAACGCAUUCUUGAGCGUAUUCUACCGACCGUGUCGCGAUCUAAUUGAAUUACAACACAUGGCGAGAGUAAACUUCGUGAAGUACUGCGAACCGAUCAUUAAGAACGAAAUUAAAUCAAACGAUCUUUCUAAACUUUGGCGGCACAUCGCUUCUAUUUUAAAAACCAGUCUAGAAUUACUGUACUUAAGAAUAAACAACACUAAAGCCUCCACGCAGUCCCCAGACAAAGAAAACAGUGAUGAGCUACAACCACAAUGUUAUAACUUUGAAAAUACUUUAAAGGAAGAGUUACUUUCAACUAAAACUUUUGCACAGAGCUUUGAGUUACCUUACUACGCUAAGUUCCUUUUGAUAGCUGCAUAUUUAGCUAGUUACAACCCACCCAAAGAAGACAAACGAUUAUUUAUGAAGAAUCACGGAAAACAGAGGAAAAAAUUACAGCAAGUUAAAGCAAAAGCAAAAAUCAGCGAGAAAUUAAGUACACAACUAGGACCAAAAGUGUUCACGCUAGACAGGUUGCUGGCGAUAUUCUAUGCUAUAUUGGACGAGAGAAUCGGGUUAACGAGUAACCUUUUAGCUCAGAUAGCAACACUGGUUGAACUUAAAUUAAUCGCAGGCAGUAAGGAAAUUGACUUGGACACAUCUAAAUACAAGUGUAUCAUUGGUUACGAUUUUAUUGCUGCAGUCGCUCAGACUGUUGGUUUUAACGUCAGGAAAUACUUGUAUGAUUUUAUUUAAGUAUUGAAAUGUGAUUUUA